AAAAAGACCAGUGACUUCACCCUGGAUCAGCUCCAAGGCAAGAAAUCCUGCCACACAGGCCUCGGCAGGUCUGCUGGGUGGAACAUCCCCAUGGGCUUACUUUAUUGGAAAUUGCCUGAACCACAUGAAUCUCUUCAGCGGGCAGUGUCCAAUUUCUUCUCGGCAAGCUGUGUCCCCUGUGUGGAUCGGACAGCCUUCCCCAAACUGUGUCAACUGUGUGCGGGAAAAGGGCCAGACAAGUGUGCCUGCUCCAACCAUGAACCAUACUUCGGCUACUCGGGUGCUUUCAAAUGUCUGAUGGAGGACGCUGGGGAAGUGGCUUUUGUCAAGCACUCCACAGUAUUGGAACACCUGCCAAACAAAGCUGACAGGGAUCAGUAUGAGCUGCUCUGCCCAGACAACACUCGGAAACCAGUGGAUGAAUAUAGGAAAUGCUACUUGGCCAAAGUCCCUUCCCACGCUGUUAUGGCCCGAAGUGUGGGAGGCAAGGAGGACUUGAUCUGGGAGCUUCUCAACCAGGCUCAGGAACAUUAUGGCAAAGACAAAUCUACAGCCUUCCAGCUCUUCAGCUCCCCUCUGGGGAAGGACCUGCUGUUUAAAGACUCUGCUGUAGGGUUUCUAAGGAUUCCCUCUAAAAUGGACACCUGGCUGUACCUGGGAUAUGAGUAUGUCACAGCUCUUCAGAAUCUAAGGGAAGAUAUGCGGCCUCAUACCUCAAAGGAUGAAUGCAAGAAGGUGAAAUGGUGUGCAAUAAGUCACCACGAGAGGGCCAAGUGUGAUACGUGGAGUGUAAGCAGCGACGGGAAAAUAGAGUGUGAAUCGGCAGAGUCCACGGAAGACUGCAUUGCCAUGAUCGCGAAAGGAGAAGCUGAUGCCAUGAGCUUGGAUGGAGGCUUCAUCUACAUAGCGGGCCAGUGCGGUCUAGUGCCUGUCCUGGCAGAGAACUACGACACUAAAGGCUCUAACUGUGAGAACACACUAGAGAAAGGUGAGUUGGGAUUGAUGAAGGCUACUCCUAUUGACUCAGGAAGAGCUGACUUCCUCUUGUCCUUCCACACAGAUAAAUUUUUUCAUCAGAGUUGUGCCCCUGGAUCUAUGCGGAAUUCCAGUCUCUGUGAUCUGUGUAUCGGCUCAGCAAGUAUUCCAGGAAAGGAGUGUAUUCCAAACAGCCAUGAGAGAUACUAUGGUUACACAGGGGCUUUCAGGUGUCUGGUUGAGAAGGGAGAUGUGGCCUUUGUGAAACACAAGACUGUCAUAGAGAACACUGGGGGAAAAAACCAUGAAGAUUGGGCUAAGGAUCUGAAGGAGGAAAACUUUCGGCUGCUGUGUCCUGAUGGCACCAGGAAGGCUGUGGCAGACAUUGAAAACUGCUUCCUAGCUGAGGUCCCGCAUCAUGCUGUGGUCUCACGGAAAGAUAUGGCAACUUGUGUUAGCAAGAUGUUACAUGAGCAGCAGGUUUUGUUUGGAACAACUGGAAAUGACUGCUCGAGCAAGUUCUGUAUGUUCCGCUCCGACACCAAGGACCUUCUGUUCAAGGAUGACACAAAAUGUUUGGCCAAACUUCCGGAAGGCACGACAUAUGAAUCUUACUUAGGAAAAGACUAUAUGAUGGCUGUUGCUAACCUGAGACAAUGCUCCACCUCAAAAAUACAACUUAUGAACUACCACUCCCAUGAGGCUCCACUUCGGACGCCUGCGCAGAGCCCAGGGCCACGUUGCUCUCGCGCGGCGCUGGAGACAAGCAUUUCAGCGAUGGCUUCCGCGGAGUCGCGGCGUGUGGGGAAUGAUGGCAGUGUCGGGGGCGCCUUCCAACCCUACUUAGACUCCUUGCGGCAAGAGCUACAGCAAAGGGACCCGACGCUGCUGUCAGUCGCGGUGGCGCUUCUCGCGGUGCUGCUGACGCUGGUGUUCUGGACGUUCAUCCGGAGCAGAAGGAGCAGUCAAAGAGCUGUUCUUCUGGUUGGCCUUUGUGACUCUGGGAAAACAUUGCUCUUUGUCAGAUUGUUAACUGGCCUUUACAGAGACACUCAGACGUCUAUCACUGACAGCUCUGCUCUGUACAGAGUCAACAAUUCCAGGGGCACUAGCCUGACUUUGAUUGAUCUCCCUGGCCACGAGAGCUUGAGACUUCAAUUCUUAGAGCGUUUUAAGGCUUCAGCCAGGGCUGUUGUGUUUGUUGUGGACAGCGCCGCCUUCCAGCGAGAGGUGAAAGAUGUGGCAGAGUUUCUGUAUCAAGUCCUCACUGACAGUAUGAGUCUGAAGAACACACCAUCGUUCUUAAUCGCCUGCAAUAAGCAAGACAUUGCAAUGGCAAAAUCUGCAAAGUUAAUUCAGCAGCAGCUUGAGAAAGAACUCAACACUUUACGAGUCACCCGUUCUGCUGCCCCCAGCACACUGGACAGCUCCAGUCCUGCCCCUGUUCAGCUGGGAAAGAAAGGCAAGGAAUUCGAGUUCUCACAGUUGCCGCUCAAGGUGGAGUUCCUGGAGUGCAGUGCCAAGGGCGGAAGAGGGGACACUGGCUCUGCGGAUAUCCGGGACCUGGAGAAGUGGCUGGCUAAGAUCGCCUGAGGGCAGGGCCGCAGCGCAGGCCGGUGGAAUCUGUAUAUGUGUGGCGGAUAGUUUUGGAAAAGGGUGUGGUAGCCUGGAGUUGAUAAGGGGUACAGAAUGUAACAAAUUUUCUUGUUCUGGAAACAAAUUAAUGUUAAAGGUAACUUGGAAUUGUUAUUUUUAAGUUUAGUUCUCCCUCAGUGCUUUCUUUUCAUUUACUUGUGCGUCUUCCCUUUGUUAAGGUGUUGUCCCCUUAACAUAUGCUUGACAUGAGGUCAAGAAGCUAUUAGCAUGAGAAUAUGACUACCAUCCGAAAAUGUCUUACCCACAACCUCUGUGCUUUAGUCCCUUUUCCUGAAAACAAACCUGUGUAUGGAACCAGUUGGUUUCCAUUUGUCCUUGGCAUUCAUGGGCAGUACAUCACCUGGUCCUUUGUGAAUUCUCAGACGUGUGAGUGUAGUUUUCAAGGUGGCCUCCUGACCUAUGAAGACAGGUAGAAAACAGCAAGGCUGUGGUGACAGUGGGUCUGUUCUUCAUCAGCUUGUGACUUGUCCACACUCCAGCCCACAUAGCGCUUAGGUUUCAAAACCAUGCCCUGAUCCCUUGGAGUCAUUCCCAGAUGACAGAACUGUAAAUGCUAAAUCCCCAGUGCCAAGGGUCUCGUGUGUUCUGGUGGUUUCCCUUAAUUGAGGAGUCUGGAUGGCUGAGGGUUCCUGGGAUGUGUUCGUGUUCUCUUUGACCAGCCCUUGUUUUUACUCAGAGCUAGAAUGCUGUGGAACACACGUGAAUGACAAAAGUUCUCCAUGUUUUUUAAAAGUGCAUAUUCGCUGCUGGUUAAAAGUUGGCCUCUUCAAAGUGAUGUUCUUUGUUGUCUUCUUGAAUGUUGGCUUUUUUAGUGGCUUUUAUAAAUUAUUAACGUGUUUCUUGGCAAAUAAAACAAUCUGGCUCCAA